AUGGGCGCUGUGCCGGCGUGUGAUCACUCAAGCCCAGUUGCUCAGCCCUGUAACUUUACGGUUUCAUCCUCCGAGACAGCUGGGAGGGGAGAACUUGAGCAGGAGGGGCCAGGGCCGCACUUCAUUGAAGAAGGCAAACCGCGACCGCAGCAGAUCGAGACACACUCUCAUAGCGAGAGAUCUGUCUCGGGAUUCCCCGCACGAGGCACACUCACGGUGCGACAUUUGCAACAACGUUGCAGAAAAAUUGCUCUUACUAGCCAGAUAGCCACAGAGGAAGGCUUCUCGCUUCUUCCACUGCCAGGGCUCUUCUGCGGCGAUUUACCCCUCUUGCUUUCCCAGAAUCCCCGUUUCCCAGGCAACCUUCAGAUGUCAAACAGCCAGCUUGAUGAGGCGGGUGAGAACGACGUCAAUAAUUUCUUCCAGUUGACGGUGGAGAUGUUUGAUUACUUGGAGUGUGAGCUGAACCUUUUCUUAGGUGUGUUCAGCUCGUUGGAUAUGUCUCGCUCUGUGUCGGUGACAGCAGCCGGUCAGUGCCGUCUGGCCCCUCUUAUCCAGGUCAUUCUGGACUCCAGUCAUUUGUACGACUACACCGUCAAACUGCUCUUCAAACUCCACUCCUGUCUGCCGGCAGAUACUCUGCAGGGCCACAGGGAUCGCUUCCAGGAGCAGUUUAAGAAGCUGAAGAGUCUGUUCUAUCGCUCCAGUAACCUGCAGUAUUUCAAGAGACUGAUUCAGAUCCCACAACUUCCUGAGAAUCCACCAAACUUCCUGCGGGCGUCAGCCCUCUCCGAACACAUCAGUCCAGUGGUGGUGAUUCCGGUGGAGUCUUCGUCCCCUGAGAGUGAACAUGUAGCAGAGACAGAAGACCUGGUGGACACGGACAUCCCACCUUUACCGAGCACUGUGGACAGCAAAUUUGACGACCUCUUUGGCACCUCAGCUGCUACAGACCCGUUUAACUUCAACAGUCAGAACGGCAUGCGUAAAGAUGAGAAAGACCGUUUGAUUGAGCAGCUCACAGCAGAGCUACAGGCCCUGAAGGAGGAGCUGGAGUCCUUCAGAUUGGAGAGUGGCCGUCUUUGUCAAGCACUACGAGGGCGUGUGAACGAGCUGGAGGCGGAGCUUGCAGAGCAGACUCACCUGAAGCAGCAGGCAUUGGGUGAGAGCGAGUUCCUGAGGGUGGAGCUAGACGACCUGCGCAGGGUCAAAGAGGACACAGAGAAAGAGCAGCGCAGCCUGAGCGAAAUCGAGAGAAAAGCACAAGCUAAUGAGCAACGCUACACCAAGUUAAAGGAGAAAUACACAGAGCUGGUCCAGAGCCACGCUGACCUGCUGAGGAAGAAUGCUGAGGUGACGCGUCAGAUGACGGUUGCCCGUGCCGCCCAGGAUGAGGUUGAGAAUGUGAAAAAAGAGAUGCAGGACAGAGUGAAAGCUGCUCAGGAUACUGCCAGUCAGGAGGAGAAGGCUCAGUUAGAGCAGCUUCAAGCUCUACAAGCCGAGCUCAUGUCCAGCAGAUCUGAGCUAGAGACCCUGAAGAGUGCCGUCACCUCCUCCCAACAGUCAAACGAGCAGCUCAGUACUCAGCUGUCUGCUCUAGAGGCUGAGAAGGCGGGGCUUAUGGAGACUGUAUCUCAGAAGGAGGCGGAGCUAGCCAGUUUGGGGGUGGAGUUAGAGCGUGUGCAAAGCAGUCUGACCAAUGAGAGGGAGAGUGGUGUGAAAGCUGCUGAGACCCUGCAAAACCAACUCAAUGAAAAGGAGAGUCGUGAGCAGGCUCUGGAGAGCAAGCUGGUCUCUCUGCGCUGGGCGGCUUUGCGGGCAGCACUAGAGGAGGCGGGGAGGAUCGUACAGGACAGCCUGAAUCAGCUAGACGACCCUGCACACAUCAGCUGCACCAGUUCAGCCGAUUACCUGGUGUCCAGAUGCCAGGUGGCUCUGGACUGCGUGGAGAGACUGCAGUCGGCCAGAGACGGCUUUGUAUCAGAUAAUACUGAUGUGUCUGGACUGGUGCGGGCAGUGACUCAGUUCGCUCACCUGGUGGGCGAUGUCAUCGUGCAGGGCAGCGCCACCUCACACAUGGUGCCAGUGGAGCAAGCUGACGCAUUGGCAGACAACGUGAAGGCGUGUGGCGCGGAGGCCCUGGCGUUGCUCUGCCAGCUCAAGGAGCAGGAGUCUAAUGGGACGGCAGACUGCAGCCGGCUAAGGGCGGCACUGGAUACCGUGAUGGCCUUGGGCGAGAAGUUGCGUCCUCGGGGUCUAGAACUGCAGCAAGGGGAGCUGGGAGAUCUGGUGGAGCAGGAGAUGGCAGCCACAUCGGCAGCUGUGGAGUCAGCCGCCGCCAGGAUUGAGGAAAUGCUCAAUAAGUCCAGGGCGGUUGACACUGGAAUCAAAAUGGAAGUCAAUGAAAGGAUCUUGGCGUCCUGCACAGAUCUUAUGCAGGCCAUCAAAGUGCUGGUGCUGUCCUCCAAAGACCUGCAGAAGGACAUCGUGGAGAGCGGCAGGGGGGCCGCAUCUAUGAAGGAGUUCUACGCCAAGAAUUCCCGAUGGACGGAAGGUCUCAUUUCCGCCUCCAAGGCCGUGGGCUGGGGUGCCACCAUGUUGGUUGAUGCAGCUGAUCAGAUGGUGCAAGGAAAGGGCAAGUUUGAGGAGCUGAUGGUGUGUUCACAUGAGAUCGCUGCCAGCACAGCUCAGCUGGUCGCAGCAUCUAAGGUCAAAGCAGACAAGGACAGUCCAAACCUUUCCCGUCUCCAGCAGGCCUCCAAAGGGGUCACCCAGGCCACAGCAGGGGUCGUGGCAUCAACCAAGUCCGGCAAGUCUCAGAUCGAGGACACAGAAACAAUGGACUUUUCCGCAAUGACACUCACUCAGAUCAAGAGGCAAGAGAUGGACGCACAGGUGCUGGUGCUGGAGCUGGAGACUCGGCUGCAGAAAGAGCGGGAGAGACUGGGUGAACUGAGGAAGAAGCAUUACCAGCUCGCUGGCGUCGCAGAGGGCUGGGGAGGAGAGGAAGAGGGAACAGGUUGAGACUCGUCACGUUCUGUGCAGCAGCCCUACAGACGUGGCGCUUGACGUCUUUAUAUACACACCAUCUUUCCCUUCUCCCUUUUUAUUGUACUUUUUAACUCUUUGAUUUCUUUAUUGUACAUUAAAGCCAAAUAAAAGGUGCUUUUUUUCUAACCUGCUCUCUCCCCUGCCCGUGGAGUCUGGAGACGUGAGGAGUGUGAUGAUAUUGCACAACGAAAGGGGAAGGAGAGGAAGGAAGGAAGGAAGUGGAUGGCACACCUAGUGGACAGAGAGGGAAGUGCAGACUCGCUGAACAGUCCAAGUAUGUCCUCUUCCUCCUUAUACGGAACGGAGAAUUUUCCCCAUGUAGAACAAUCCCGUCUCCCCGUGAAACAUCCCAUGAUGCAUUGCACAAGGGUGAGUCACCCCAUUUUGCAGGAAUUGACACUGGUGCUGUGAUUCUUCCGGACUCAACUUUCACAAACAGCAGCAGUGUGCAACUUCCACACUGACCUCUCAAACGCAUUCCUUAAUGUCGCGUAGGAUUGGCCUCAUCUGGGUCCGUCCUUCUCUAGUCCCCUAGCAGUGGUCACUGGACUAAAAAGAGCAAUAGAUGAUGACCUACUGUGGACUAACAGCUGAAAACACUAGCAAACUCAACCAAGACUCACUUUUCUGUAUUUAGUAUUUUUUAUGUUAUGCUUUCCUUUGAUUAUGUUCCUGAUGCAUUCAUUUGAUAGGAAAACCCUUAAUAGAUUUAAUCCACUGGCUUUGAACUGUUCCACAAUGUUGACUUAUAGGGACAAACUGCGAAAUAGCUCAUCUAACGUAUGAUAUUGUCCUGAUGCGUUUCACCAGUUUCAAGUCCAUGACUGAAUAUGAACUGACUGUUUUUGUGAGACCUCACGUCGGGCUAGGGCUCAUCGUUUUUGUUUUAUAGCUCUAUUUAGGUCAUAGUUUCUUCAGCACAGAUAGAUAUGGCACCAUAUUGUAUCAGUAACGGCCUCUCAAACGGUCCCGUACGGUUUACACACUGUUAAUACGACAGUAUCUGUUCAUUCCUGUUGUCUUCUUCCAGCUCCACAUACACGCACCCCUUCACUCUGAGGCGAGGAGAGACGUCCGUGCCUUCCAAAAGGGAAAAAGGGUCACAUUCCCUCACAAAGACCUUUAAAAUUGUGAUCUGAGCAGCAUUAGGACAGUGUUUUAAAUUUGUAGUUUGGUGUUGCGAACUGAGAUCAUGAAAUCAGUAGAGUGUGGUGUGAGAACAGAUGUAGCCAUCCCUGUGUUCAAGGCUGGUGUGUUUCCUUUGGAUUUUUGAGCUUCCCUUUUUAACUGGAUAUCUAAAAGGACAAAAAUGGUACGGAGCCCCUAAGGGGACACGGUGAUGGAAAAAAUAUGAGAUUGGAGGAAAAAUUACAUUUCACUGUUCUCUUGUAAAAGGGUUGAAUUCUCCUGGGAAACUGCAUUCGCUCGCAAAUCUUUUGCUUUCACUCAAAAAAGCACAGAAAUAUAGUUUUUUCUUCUACCUUAUAUUAUUUCCAUCACAACACAAAUACAAAAGUUUCUCUAGGAAAUGCAAAAGUUUUGCGAGAGAACGCAAAGCUUCUAAAGAGAAUCUAAAAGUUUUGCAAGCGAACACAACGCUUCUUGAGGAACGCGGGUUUUGUAAUUGAUAGCUAAUGUAUUGAAGGAACGCUAAAGCUUUGUGAGCAAACACAAAGCUUCUUGAGAAAACAAACACAACCGUUUUGCCAGGAAGCGCAGCGUUUCUCUAAGAAACACAAAAUAUUUUGCAAGAAAAGUUUUGCAAGCGAACACAAAGUUUCUUGGGGAACAUGGGUUUUGCUAUUGAAUGCAAAUAUAUUAAAUGAACGCAAAAAUUUUAGUUUCUUGAGAAAAAUGCAAAUGUUUUGCGAGCAAACAGAGUUUCUUAGGGAACGCAGAAGUUCUAAGAGCGAACGCAAAUAUAUUGUAAAAACAAAAUCCUCAUCUUUUUUCCAUCACUCUCUUUUUAGGAGCUCUGUAAAAUGGGUCAAAAUUCAUUUGAAAAAUAUUUUGCUUUAAAAAAAAAUUAAGUCUCAUUUAGAAUUGUAUAUAUUUCUCAUUAUUUACAGUACAAAUAUUACCAUGAUGUAUAGCUACUUACAAGUGUACUUUACCAUUUAAAUUCUAUAGUUUUAUUUAUAGUAAUUCACAUUAAUUUAAGGGAGACAUAUAUAUAUAUAUAUAUAUGGGCUUAAUUUUCUGUACGCAAAAUAGUUCAUUUUGAGGGAUUUUUUUGCCAUUUCCUGACUGUUUUCAUGAGAUUCACACAAAAUGGAGGUGCAUGAAGAAUGUUAAGUUAAAUGCAUUGGGUUCAAGAGGUCUGUCCACUUCUGUCAAAGCAAUGUAGACCACAUAGCCUUGUAGACCACCACUGUCUGCCAGCAGCACAGCUCGCACCAGGGCUCACAGGGACUUGCAGUCUUGUAGUCAUCUACAAACCAGGGUUACCUCAACUUCUCCACAAACUACCAGUCAGUAACUACAAAAGAGAAAAUUGAGUUUAAGGGCCCUGUAGACUCGAUAUGAACAUGUGUUGGCUAAACCAUGAGUGUGUGCGUGUGUGUUCUUUAAUACUAAUAUAACGUGUGUGUGUGUGUGUGUGUUUGGAUGGAUGCUGUAACUGAGAAAUGGUAUAUACUGUAUAUCCCUUAUGUUGUUAUGUUUUAAUACCCUCAUAUUGUUU